CGUGUGUCUGACAGAUGUCAGAUGUGAUUCAAAUAUUUGAAAUUCCAUGUUUUUGUGGAAAAUUGUCUCUGUUAUCUGUGUUUUUUGGUAGUUCCCCCAUAAGCGUGCUACGUGCACGUAAAAUUAGAAAUAAUGAAUUUCAAUUUUUUACAAUAUGGGAGCAUUUGACGAUACAAAUUUCUCGAAUCCAAGUUUUUAGAAUCUAUUGUGUUGUAUUGUCUGAAUAUUGUGACUAAAAAGUAUAUGGAAAUUUUUGUAUAGCAGUUAAGAAAGAGUAUGAGUAUGGCCAGCACUGCCAAGUGGGGAAUUGAACAAGUUUCAGAAGAUCUUUAUGACUAUGCUCGUGAUGAUUAUGAUUAUACACAAAUACAACUGUUGAAUGAAAACUUCAAACCAGCUCCUCCAAUAUCCGUUGCUGAAUAUAGAGCUCGAACUUCAAAAAUUCUACCACAAGGAAUUUUUGAUGAAAACGAUGUACCUGGAAUUAUUUGCAAUGGUAAAGAGAUGAAAAUAGGUCCACCUCAGCCAGUACUUGAAAGCAGCUUCAAGGAAUUAAGAGGUAACAGUGUAGUUGAUAACGCUACUGUACUCAGUGAUGGGAAGGCUAAGGGAGCGUCAAACCAGAUGAACUCUCUUCUAAAGGAUGAUAAAUGCUCUCAAAAUGUUAUGUCCAAUCAAGCUAAGAAUCAGAAAAAGAAAAAGAAGAAGUUCAAAAAGCUUGAGUUCAACAACACAGAACCUUGCAAAAUUUAUAAUGUACCAUUUGUACCUGAUAGGUUAAAUAAUGAUAAAAUGUAUCCACCAUUAUGACACUUCCUUAGUUGGGUGUUUUCGUUCAGUUUAUGAUGACCAUUGACUUUCAAUGUUCUGAAGA